UUUCUCUUGGCAGUAUAUUGAAUUCCACAUAAAAGGACAGGCACUAGACACUCUUCACAAAAUUUCUGUAAUCUGGUUCUGCAAAUAAUACAUCAUAAGAUUCCAUACAUGUGAUAGCUAAAAGAGAGAGAAUGGAUUGGAUCACUCCAUCAACAGUAGCUACCGUUCUUUCAGCCUGUUUGAUUGCAUGGCUCCUGCAAAUUAUAGCCUAUUCACCAAUUUCACCCGGUGCCAGCAUUUAUCUGUCUGAAUAUAAAAGUGAGGGCCCCUUUCCUAAGAACAAUGUUUUACAGACUGUUGAGAAAUUAGGGGAAGGCUUCUUGGACGGGCCAGAGGAUUCAGCUGUAGACAGCAAUGGACUGAUUUAUACUGCAACUAAAGAUGGGUGGAUUAAACGAAUGCAUCCAAAUGGAUCAUGGGAGGAAUGGAAGAAUUUGGGAGGAAGUCCUCUAGGCCUCACUGUGUCCAAGAGUGGACAUCUUAUUGUUUGUGAUCCUGCCCGGGGCCUGCUCAAAGUUAGUCAUGAUGAGGAAGUCUCUAUUAUAACUUCUGAAAUUGAAGGAGAAAAAAUCAGAUUUGUUGAUGCAGUUGUAGAAGGUAGCGAUGGAAGUUUAUAUUUCUCAGACGCCAGCACCAAGUUUCCAUAUACCAAUUGGGUUUGGGACUGCCUAGAAGGAGUACCCUAUGGCCGCCUUCUCAAAUAUGAUCCAACAACUAAAAAGACAAGUGUGCUGCUUGAUGGCCUUGGCUUUGCAAACGGAGUAGCUCUUUCUGCAUCUGAAGAUUAUGUGGCUGUCUGUGAGACAUGGAAGUUCAGGUGUCUCAAGUAUUGGAUUAAAGGAGAGAAAUCUGGAAAAACAGAAGUUCUUGUGGACAAUUUGCCUGGAGGUCCAGACAACAUUAAUCUUGCUUUAGAUGGGCAGUCAUUUUGGGUAGCUAUCUUAAAGAUGAGAAUAAAAGAGUUACAAUUUAUGUUCAACUAUCCCAUUUUUAGACAUAUAUUUGCAAGAUAUCCAGCAAUAAUAGAGUGGUUUGGGUUUUCAAAGGGUUGGGCAAUGGUGGUCAAGGUUGGAGAAGAUGGUAAAAUAAUCAAAAGUUUUGAUGAUUCAAAUGGAAAGGUUAUAUCAUUUGUGACAUCUGCCAUGGAGGUGGGAGAAUACCUCUAUCUAGGCAACCUCAACACCAAAUUCCUUGGUCGAUUGAAUUUGAAUAAAGUUCGUGAAUAGAUCAUCUCCUCAUAAUUGAAAGCCUUUUAAACAAAGUAAUCUUCAUUUUUAUCUACAGUUAGGUUAGAGAAUGUGUGGCAAAAUUAGAUCUUUUUACAAGAAUAGUUUCAUAUUUUAUUUAGGCAUCUUUUGUAAAAUUGAUUAAUAUAGUCGAACUUGUAGACCA